CACUGCGCAUGCUCAGAUGUCCCAUGUGACCCGCCACGUGACGAGCGACCAGCAAAGCAGGAAAUGCAGUGAGAAAACAAUCCGAUGUGACAUUUUAAACAUUCACAAACCAACCAUGCACUGUUUGUGUAACGGAAUAUACAGUUUAAUAAAGAUAUGGACGGUGUGUCUGUCUCUUUUCGUAAACCAUGUGUCCGCCGGUAAAAUGAAGAUAGUCGAGGAGCCAAACACAUUUGGCUUGAACAAUCAUUUUCUGGCCCAGGGAAGCAGACUUCAACCCAAAGUGACUCCAUCUCCAGUGUCUGGCCCAGAGCAUUUUCACCGGCUUGCCGGAAAGUGCUUCAGUCUCACUGAGUCGACGUACAAAUAUGAAUUCUGCCCAUUUCACAACGUCACCCAGCACGAGCAGACCUUCAGGUGGAAUGCUUACAGUGGGAUACUGGGGAUCUGGCAUGAGUGGGAAAUGGCAAACAACACUUUCACAGGGAUGUGGAUGAGAGACGGGGACACUUGUGGAACCAGAAACAGAGAAACAAAGGUGAUUUUUGUCUGCAGUGCAAAUAGCAAGCUUGCUCAAGUUUCAGAGCCGAGUACUUGUGUUUACUUGCUGACCUUUGAGACACCACUUGUUUGCCAUCCACAUUCUCUUUUAGUGUAUCCAACACUGACCGAGAAACUGCAGGGGGAGUGGGAUGAAACUGAGCAGGCUCGGUACGAAGGUCUUAUUACUGAGCAGGGUUAUAACAAUCUUUUGAGGGACAUUUUUGAAGAUGCUGGUCUCCUGAAGAGCCACAAAGUGAAGGUCAAGCUGCCAGAGGCUGCAGACCAUUCAGAAACACACAACUCCUUCCAGAAAUGCACUGAGGACUUUGAAAAACAGAGAGAAGAGAUUGAGAGACUGCGCGCUCUCCUCACUCAACACAACAUUCCCUUUGAUACAAAGCCAAAUGAAGCAAAAGGUACAGUGAGUGUGACAGUUAAGGAUCAACGCCUAAGAGGAGACAACGGCCCCAUCGAUCUGCAGUGAAAUCAGCACCUGGAGCAGUUCAUGGCUCCGUGGCAUUUACAAGCACCCAGCUGGAUUUUAUUGAGCAACAGAGACUAUGGCUAUUGCUGUCACUGGUGACGGCACUAAAGGUUUAUUUAAAUAAGUGAAACUGUGAAAAGAAACUAACUCAUGUACAGACUACAAACUUUUUUACACUCUUGCAGAACUCAAAUUCUUUAAAUAAAAAUGGUUUUAAAAAUAUAACAGUUUAGCAACUUUGCAGUUUAAACAAGGGAAGACUGAGUCCCUCAAAACUAAUUCAGGUGAAAAAAUAUAUUCAGAUUAUAUUCAAGUGUAAGUCUUCUCACCCCUGUCCAUUACUUGUUUGUCAGCAAGAUAACACAAAAUCAAGUAAACAGAUUUCCACAAACUUGGUGGAAGGGUGUGAUAUCAUUUUUGUGUGGAUCCUGAUAAGUGGAUAUUUUUAAUAUCUUUAACAUUGUAAGACUGGGUGUUUUAGAACAUUUCUACUAUUUUCCUGAUCUCUGAGUUUGUGUUUAUUUCGGUGCAGCUUGAUUGAGUUUGUCAUUGAGGUCCAGUCAUCAUCCUUUACCUUCGUACAAAGAUUUGUUAUGGUGACAAGUUUGCGAUCUGAAUAAAUAGUCAAAUAAAUACAAAUAAUACACCUUCUCUAUGUUUUGGACAGAGAUGAGAUGUAGUUGACACAAUCAGACUUGUUAUAUAAAUACAAUGUAAAAUUAAAUUCUAAUCAAAGCCAGAUGUGUAAGAUUUAAUUUGAGAAAAGGUUUUACAUUAUUGGCAAAAAUAAGCAGAUAAUUACAAACCUCACAGGCACAAACCUUGAACGUGAACUACCAGAACAGAUUUUUAGUUACAGAUUUGUAAAAACAUAACAUGCUCAUCAUGCUUAUACCUAGAGUGUGUAAGAAGUUCCUCUCAUCAGUGGCUCCACAGACUGUGAGCCUCAACAUGCACAAACAUGUCUUGACUACAAACAUUCCUGAGACGAUAACUCCAGAGUUUUCUCAGCUUAUUGUUUCAUCCACUGUGGUUGACACCUGUAUGUACUCUUCAAACUGGACAUUAUCUUCUGGAUUCUUAACAUCUGGGGUAGAAACAACAAACUUCUGCCCCCCAGGGUAUCAUUGUACCCUAAGUACUUAACUGAACAUAUGGGAUUUCUUAUUUUAAAAUAUAAGCGUUUCAUGUGAUUAAAUCAAAACUGUGCCCUUAAGGUCAAUUACAAAAUACUACAUAUAAAGCAACAGUCCAAGG